AUGCGUGUUUCGGAAAAAAUUACUGUAAAAUCUGGCAACACUGAUUUGCAGAAAGACGAUGGUUCCGAAAUCGCCAGACUGAUCAAGAAAAGUCUCGAUGAAAAAAGAAAAGCUGAAAUUAAACGUGGCGUCACAUACAAUUCAAAAUUGUUCCGAGCAGUUGUGUAUGAUGAUGCGUACAAGGUCGACGUCAAUGACGCUCCAUCAAUUUGUAAGUCAUUGAACUACGGGAAACCCGCGAAUAUUUACGACCUCGCUCAUUACCAGCUGUUGCUCCCUUAUCUACGUUUACUGAUAGCUGAUGGUUGGACAAAGAUUAACCUUUGGACAGGGAUGGGGUAUAAGAACAAUCAGCUUUUGCUUUCGAGUGGGCGACCAAUCACUAUAGCAACAGAAGUGUGGCGUCCGGGUAAUUGGAGAUCCCAUUCAGCGUGGACAAUUGUUCUUGUCGAUGUCCAAGAAGAUUCAGAAAACAAAGAUCAGGGAAUAUACAAUACAAUACCAUUAGCGUCGUGUUACGGUGUCAUUUGUGAAAUAUAAAACCUGCUCAAAACCAGACAGAACUUCGUUGACGGACUGAAUGAUACAAAGGACAAUAAGAUCUUACGUUUUAUUACUUAUCCAUAUUAAUCCUUUACUAUUAUUACCCGCAUAACCUAUGCCAUGUCUAUUAAAACUUUUUGCUCCGAAAA